AUUUCUAGCCCGCCACACCUACAAACAUAGAGGAAAAAAUGGAGUGCAGAAAACUUGAGUUGACCAUAAAUUCGGCUAGUGAAUUAAGAGAAGUAAGAAGACUUUUCAAGAUGAAGGUCUAUGCCAAGGUGAUUAUCGGGGGUAAUGAGAAAAUGGAGAAGCGAACACCUGUAGACAAUCAUGGCCGGACAAAUCCAGCAUGGAACCACACCAUGAGGUACUCUGUAGCCGAGUCAUGGUUACAACAUCAUGGCACGAUGCUUGUGAUAAAGCUUUACUGUAAGCGUAAGCUUGGGGAUAGAUACAUUGGCGAAGUUCAUCAGUCGUUGAAACAACUUUAUGAAUACGCGCUUCCAAUGGGUGGUAGCGCAGUGGUGUUUUUUCCUGUGCAAAUGGGCUCUGCCGAAUCACAAGGACAAAUUUGUUUUACGUACAAGUUUGGUGAAAAAGUGGCUAUUGAGAAGCUAAUGCUUGCAGACAGUAUCGCUUCGUUUUUAGUAACAGGUGUUGAGGGUGCAACUUAAUGGAUCGAAUUAUGCCCUUGCGUCGCAAUUAGUCCAUGUAAAUAAUACAAUUAAUGUGUAUUUUUCUGUCAUGAUUUCGCAUUUUGGCUACCAAUUAGUUAAGCAACUGUUGGUGUUUGCAUUUUUUUUUUUGUUGUAUAUAAAUAAAAGCGAAACAUUACGAACUA